UAUCUCGCUCUCUCUGUUCCUUUCUCUGCCCCUCCCUCUCCCAUCCUUACUCUGACCACUGGAGCAGCAUGAGGAUGGACUUUAUAUACUUGAAGGAGUACCUGGGCUGGCUGUACUACCAGUACCUGCUCAUCACAGGCAUAUAUGUGCUUGAGCCCUGGGAGCAGUCCAUCUUCAACUCUAUCUUCUUCUCCUCUGUGGCCAUGGUCAUCUACACCUCCUACGCCUUCUUGCCUGUACAUGUGCACCUGGCACUCAAGUUCUUCUGCGGGGAACAGCCAGAGAGCACCAUGGCACUCAUAAACUAAGCAGUGGAUGGGAUGGAUGGCAGGAAGGAGAUUGGGAAUGAGAAGGGAGGACCCCCUACCUAAGAUCUUGACAUUUGACCUUGACCUCACUUGACUCGAUGACUGUCUGACCUCUCAGUUCUCUCACCACCCUUUUACCAUACAGUUACCCACUACUCCCACAAUCCACAAUACUCUACUACCUACUCAGCAAAGGAAGGCUGAGUUUAGGAUGAUUCUGUGAAAUAUUCUGGGAGAAUACCUCCCUUUACCCCCCCUCUUACCCCUGGUAUUAUACUAUACAUCAUUGUAUGCUACUUUCACACCUUUGCUGUGA